AUGUCAAUGUCCGCUCUGCCCCGGCAUGGCUACUACCGCGGCCGAGUCCGGUCCGGCUGUCUCACAUGUCGCGGACGCAAGGUAAAAUGCGAUGAAGCGAAGCCAGCCUGCGAUAAUUGCACGCGGCUGGAGCGGCGGUGCGUGUACAAGCCCAAGAAAAGCCAACUGCGCAGUACGAACGUCGAUACUACAAAUCAGCAUCCACUACGGAUCUUGGAAGAUACCAGGAUCAACCAUGUGUCUCUUCAACCCAACCCAAGCCCGGCCUCAGAAGAUGCUGGCGCGGGAGAAUUAGACGUCGCCACCCUCGCCCACGCCUCCAAGACCUGGGAUAGCAGCCACGACCCGUUUCUACACCCUGACAGCUGGAAGGCCGAGGUGACGGCGCGCCUGGAGCGGGCGUUGCAGGGCCAGACACAGAGUCCCAGCACCCGAAGUCCCGAUAAUGGCCACGCAGAUACAGACCUCCCAGCAACCCUCAUCUCGCGCGACAUCGAACUUACCACGACCAUGGACUUCCUCGCGUCGCGCGGAGAACCCUCUCAACUGAUGACCUUCUUCGCCGACGAGGUUGAGUGUCCAGGCAUCACGCCUUUCGACCCGGUCAACUGGCAGCGAGCAAAGCUGCACCUCGUCGAGCUGGGCAAGUCCUGCCCAGCUGUGGCGUCGGGCGUCAUUGCGGUUUCGGCGCUAUACAAAGCACAGCUUUACGCGCUCCCCCAGUCCAAAGCCCUGUCUCACUACCGCGCCGUUAAGAGGUCCUUUGACGAGCUGUUGCAAGUCCACAGCCAGCAGGAUUUCGACACGGUCAUCGCGGUGGCUUUUUUACUGUGUCUCUUUGAACUAAUCCACGCCGGCGAAGUAGUGCCUGUCUUCAAAGAGCCCAGCACACACUUCGUUGAGAGACUCGCGGCGUUGGCGGCCGCACAAUCGUCAUCGCCUUCGCCGGCGACCCCUCCGUUGACAAUCCGUCUAAUCACCUGGAUAAAAAUCUUCCAGGCAAUAACCAUGCGCGCCGGCGGUACGGGCCUCCUCUCGGAAACCAUCGAGACCCUGCUUCCUGAGUACGAGAGCCCCAUCCCCGCCAUCAGUCCGCUACCAGAGGCACAGCACGACGACACUUCCGGAGCCUCGGCGGCCACGGGGGGCCAGCUGGGCGAAGUGCUCGGUGCGCCGCUGUUCGACUUCUACUUCCGGCUGCAGCUGGUGUCGCGCGAUAUUGCGCGGCUGACACACUACCACCGGUCGCGCACGACGGGCGGCGACCAGGACGAGGUUGUCGAGCACGUGGAGCGCAUCAAGGCGCGGCUGCGCGCGCUGUGGGCCGGCCGGAGCACCACGCAGCGCCAGACGCCGCAGGACCUGGCGGCGCAGCUGGCGCCGCGCAUCGCACGCCCCCUCGCGAGUCUGAUCGGUAUCUGCGACGCCGCCUACCACGCCGAGUUUGUCGAGAUCGACCGCGUGCUGGGCGACCCAGUCUCGAAGUGGACGGAUUCCCGCAACGCACUGCGCACAAUUCGCGACCUCGUCGAUCGGGACCGAGACCGGGCCCUGCGCCAAACCGAUGGCACCGAAGGCCGAGAGACACAAUCGACGGUCAAUCCAGGCUAUAUCCGCGCGCUCUUCCUGUACGCGAUUGAAUGCAUGGACGAAGCACAGAUCCGCUGGGCGACUGACCGCAUCGCCGACAUCCGCAGCUCGAUCUACCGCAGCGAUUUCUUUGCCAAGUUUGCUACGGCGCUCGCGGACGCCCAGAUGCGCAAGGAGAGACGCGUCACGUCCAAAUAUUUCUGCAUAUGGUUCUUUGGCGUGCCACCGCCAUAUAUGUGA